AUGUCGACCUCUCCAGUUGCCGUGGUUUGCAUUGGGAUGGCCGGAUCCGGGAAGACGACCUUCAUGCAAAGAAUCAACAACUACCUACACGUCAACAAGACCAAACCCUAUGUGCUGAACCUUGACCCCGCUGUCACUCAUGUCCCUUUCCAACCAAAUAUCGACAUUCGAGAUAGUAUAAAUUACAAGGAAGUGAUGAAACAAUACAAUCUCGGUCCAAACGGCGGCAUCCUGACCUCCCUCAAUCUCUUCGCAACCAAGAUCGAUCAAAUUAUGGGCUUAUUAGAAAAGCGUGCCAGUCCACCUCCUGACAGCAACAUCACACCUCCAAAACACUUCUUGAUUGAUACACCGGGUCAGAUCGAAGUUUUCGUCUGGUCAGCCUCUGGCAGCAUUCUACUUGAGUCACUCGCUUCUUCAUUUCCCACUGUCAUUGCUUACAUUAUCGACACACCACGCACAUCCUCUACGUCUACAUUCAUGUCUAAUAUGCUUUAUGCUUGCUCUAUACUUUACAAAACUAAGCUUCCCAUGGUCCUUGUGUUCAACAAGACGGACAUCCAAGAUGCCGAGUUUGCGAGAGAGUGGAUGACGGACUUUGAAAAGUUCCAGGACGCACUUCAGGAAGAGCAGACGAAAGGUGUAUUUGGUGGCGAGGGAUACGGUGGGAGUGGAUACAUGGGAAGCUUGGUUAACAGCAUGAGUGUGAUGUUGGAGGAGUUCUACUCACAUCUAAACAUGGUAGCGGUAUCAAGUAUGACGGGUGAGGGUAUUGAUGAGUUCUUCGAGGCGGUGGAAGAGAAGAGAAAAGAAUUUGAAAAAGACUACCAGCCAGAACUAGAGAAGAGACGAAAGGAACGACAAGAUGAAAGCGCAAGCCAACGAGCGAAUGACCUGACCAAAGUAAUGAGAGACAUGAACAUGGAUAGCAAGUCGAAGGCAACACAAAGAUCACCUGCCGAAGAGUCUUCUGAAGAGGAAGACGACGACGCAAAUGAUCCAGACAAUUAUCCUGAUGCUGAGCGGGAGGGGGAUGAUGAGGAAGGUUUAAAGAGGAGAUAUCAGAAUGCUUUACGAGAGCAGGGAAUUCAAGUUGACGAUGAUGAUCCAACUGUGGCUCAGAUGCUAGCACAGGCUAAGAGGACCAUUUAG